GCCUGAUGCCUCCGCCUUCCUGGCCCUGAGGACCGGGCCAUACCCCUUGGAAGGAGACCUCCAGGAAGGUGAACAUCUGCAGUGGGUGGCAAAAGAAGAUCCUCUUUUUACAUCGAGAGGUCAGAUUGUAAUUAUUCACCAUGGCAUAUGGUUUGCCAAGAAAGCACACAGUGAAAUCAAUUCUGCGUGGAAGUUGUUACAACGUUCAGGAGCCCUGGGAACUUGCCUUGCUUACAAAGACCUUGUACAACAAUAUUGCAAAUAUUGGAGUACCUCUUUUUGAAGAUAUUAUUUAUGGCCGUUCUUUUAAAACCGUUCGUGGAAAAAGGACUGAGGAUAUUGUACUCCCCACAGCAGAAAUGAUAGAAAUUGAAAGGGCAUAUGAACUGAAACGCUUAAAGGAAAUUGAACUUCGGAAAAAUGCAGGAGAUCAAGUUCAGGCUAUGCUAAAAGACAAGAAAUUUGGCUUAAGAAGACCUCUUCCACCCAAAAAGUGA